AUGUUUUAAAUACCCAAAGAUUACCUAGUUAAUUGCCUAUAUAAAAAGAACCAAGAUCCUAAUAAAAACUUGGAAAAUAAUGAAGAUGACGAGAUAUUUAAAAAAAAAAUCGAGGAAAGAGUAUUUACUUAUAAAAAAAAUAAAAACGAUAAGGACUUAGAAGUUCUAUAGUAAAUCUAUAAUGAAGCCUAUAAAUCUAAACCAAUGGAUGAUUGCCAUAAAAGAUUCAUAAAAAGUAUAAGGUCCAAUACUUAGUUAUUUAAUUAUUAUUCUAUCAAAUAAUUAUAAGAAAAACAUAAAUUGCUGAAGUUAUGUAGUAAAUACAGGGAAGUAAGAGGUGAUGGCAAUUGCUUUUAUACUGCCUUAGGCUACAGAUUCUUAUAGAUACUAUUGUGUGAAUAUAACUUAGAGGAAUUUAACUAUUUUUUGGAUAAAAUUGAGCAAAUAGACCUCCCAUUCAAAGUAUAUUGCAAGACUAUAAAAAUACCUGAAGAAAUCCAGAAAAAUUUACGAAAUGAAUUUCUAUUCCGAUUAUGUGAGAUUAGAUAAAUUGAAGACAAGAACGAAAGACUUAAUAAAUUGAUGGAAUAAUAUUCAGCCUAUGAAUCUAAAGGAGAUAUCGAUGGUAACUUUUUUGCUUUGACAACAAUCUUCUUUCGAAAUGUUUCAUAUUAUGUAGCUGCAAAAAGUGAGUUUGCCGAAAGUAUCUUUGAUAUUGAUAAUCUGUUAAUUUGGGGAGAGGAAUGCAACAAUAAUGAGAUAGUAAUCAAAGAACUUUCAGAGUUCUUGAGAGUGUAAUGA